AUGGAGCGGAAAUCAGAGGCAGUACGACAUACUGGUCGACUCCAGCUGUGGAAACGUCACUUGGAUGACAAAUUUAUCAUGGCUCACAAGCGGUCAGUAGAAGAAGGAGCAUUUCAUGUCCCCAGUCCAAUCCAGGAUUACAGUAUGGUUUCUGAAGCUACAUUGGUGAUUCGGCGACAGUCCGAGACGAUGAGUCAUUUGAUUUACCGUAAAACGGUAGUGAGAACUCUGCAGAACACCCACAUUAGUCCUCCCUCCGUUCUAGAGAUUGGCCCUGAUAUGCCUAGCAAGGGUGUCGACCUUCUGGCACUUGCUCGAGGGUUGCAGUCUGGCAUCAUGACACCGGAGCAAGUCCUGUCGCUUCUGGACUUCCACGCCUCCAGGACAUUUCCAUACACCGGAAAACUGCAUCCGGAUGCCGCUGUCAGUCGGCCCAUCGGAUGUCGGUCAACUGAAAGCAGAUCCGUCGGACCAACUACGCCACUAUCCAGACUCUAUACCACAAAAGACGAAAAGGUGCAGCGUCUGGUGUCCCCGAUGGGUGAUGGGAGGAUCUAUACGAAGAUGGCCAAGUCGCAAGGCAGUACCACCCGAUUGGAUCUUGAUCGAGCCACUUACGGGAGAAGCAGUCCGCUGUACGAUCCACUUAAUGGGCAAUUCAUCCCCAGGCCUGGACAAGCUCACGUCAAGGAUGCUCCACCGGUUUAG